GCGCGCCGCCGGCCUCCGCCUUCCCCCGCCGGCCCCACUCCCGGCGGCAGCCACCGACGGCGGGGCCCGACUCCACGGAAAGGAGAAACGGCGGCGGCGCGCGAAGUGGGCCCGACCUCCUGCAGGUCUCCCGGCGUGCGCGCAAGGCGGGGGCGCGCAGGCGCAGUCGGGUCUCGGGGUUCAUGGCUGCCGCCCAGGCGGACACGUCGCGCAGGCGGCGGGAGAAGCGGCGGCAGCUGGACGCGCGGCGCAGCAAGUGCCGCAUCCGCCUGGGCGGCCACAUGGAGCAGUGGUGCCUCCUCAAGGAGCGGCUCGGCUUCUCCCUGCACUCGCAGCUCGCCAAGUUCUUGUUGGACCGGUACACUUCUAAAGGCUGUGUGCUCUGUGCAGGUCCCGAACCUUCACCCCCGAAAGGUCUGCAGUAUCUGGUGCUUCUGUCUCAUACACACAGCCGAGAAUGCAGCCUGGUGCCUGGGCUCCGGGGGCCUGGAGGCCAAGAUGGGGGGCUUGUGUGGGAGUGCUCAGCAGGCCACACCUUCUCCUGGGGCCCCUCUUCAGGUCCUGCACCUCUGGAGGAGCCCAAGCCAGCCCCGCUUCCAGCUACUGCCCGGAGAAGCUGGUGCCCAGAAGCCAGGAGCAGGCAGGAGCCUGCAGAGCUUUCCCACCGCUGCAGACCUUAGAGCUCGUCUGUCCUCAUCCCGCCAGCCCGGAGUUUCUUCCCCUUUGACCCCGCCUGUGCCAACAGGUGUGGAAUCUGAGCAUGAUGAGCAGACUCAGCAGGCCCGGUUGCCCAGGGGGGUGGGACCCCCACCGGAGACCUUGCUGGCCCCAGGAGAAGGGGAGGAGGAAGAUGAAGAUGGAGAGGAGAUGCUCAGUGAUGCCAGCCCCUGGACUUACAGCUCCUCCCCAGAUGACAGUGAGCCGGAUGUCCCCAGACCACCCCUGUCCUCUGUCCCUCACUCUCUGAAGGAGGGGGAGAGCCCCCCGGUCCCCACAACUGCCCCUACUGCUCUUGCUGCACUGCCCUCAGCAGCAGCCACACUGGGUUCUGGAGCUUCUCUGCCUGCGGAAGUUGGGGUAAAGCUGGAGCUCAGCGGGACCUCUCAAACGGCCCCGCAGACUGAGCCCCUGCCCAGCCCUGGGAGUCAGGCCCAGUCUGCUCUGGCCUCGGCCUGGGACGAGGACACCGCACAGAUCGGCCCCAAGAGAAUUAGGAAGGCUGCCAAAAGAGAGCUGCUGCCGUGUGACUUCCCUGGCUGCGGAAGGAUCUUCUCCAACCGGCAGUAUUUGAAUCACCACAAGAAGUACCAGCAUAUUCACCAGAAGUCCUUCUCCUGCCCGGAGCCAGCCUGCGGGAAGUCCUUCAACUUUAAGAAACACCUGAAGGAGCACGUGAAGCUCCACAGUGACACCCGAGAUUACAUCUGUGAGUUCUGUGCCCGGUCCUUCCGCACUAGCAGCAACCUGGUCAUCCACCGGCGCAUCCACACUGGAGAGAAGCCCCUGCAGUGUGAAAUCUGUGGGUUCACCUGCCGCCAGAAGGCCUCUCUGAACUGGCACCGGCGCAAGCACGCGGAGACAGCAGCUACCCUGCGCUUCCCCUGUGAGUUCUGCGGCAAGCGCUUUGAGAAGCUGGACAGCGUGGCAGCUCACUGCAGCAAGAGCCACCCAGCCCUGCUCCCAACCCAGGAGUCACCCGGCGCCCUGGAACCCUGUGCUGGCAUCUCUGACCCGGUGCCCCGGCCCUCUCUGGUUGUGAGGCUCCAGCACUGCUCCUUCAGUAGUGAGCAUUCCCAGGGCUUGGGGGAGCCAGACCCUAAGAACUGAAAAGGAGCAAGCAGGAAAAGGGCCAUAGGCCUGGUCCUCAGGAACCAGGGUGACUCAGGGAGCACAGGGUGGGCAAGACUGGGCUCUAGGGGAGCAACUUUAGGCGCCAAAAGGACAGAAUAAACCCAGCAUUUUACAUGGACAUGUGUGGGCAGAGUGUUUCGGCAUCCGAGGUACAGGAAACCCAACGCCUCUGGAAGCAUGCUCUGCUGGAUUGCGCCUGGCGCGCUGUGGGAUCCAGUUUGCUUCCCCAGUGACCCUCUGUGACCUUCCCUGUGCAGUGUCACACCUACUCCUAUACUUGGGCAGGCAGGCCUGUGCUAUUACAGAGAGCACUGGGUUGUUCCAGAGGAGAAGGCUGGAGCAGAGGUAGAGGCGUGCAGUCUUGGGCCACGUGUAUACUGUCAGCCGAGAGAACCAGAUGUGUAGGCCUCUGAAGUCUCACCUUUCAGCACAAAAUGGAGGAGGCUGUACAUGCAAGAGGGCUGGGCUACUGUGCGAAGACGAAAGACCUUGGAGUGUCCAAAGGGCUGACUGGACCAUUCCUGGUCUGGAAAGGAAUCAGCCUCAGGUUUAACAAAGGGGGCCUUGGUUUCUGGGGCUCAAACAAACUCUUUAUUUCACAAGCCAUAAGCCAAAAAUCACUGGCCAGUUCCAGGGGAUUUGCACACCCUGUCCUGUUGCCUAUGGAGCGGCGUUUCCCCAAGGCUCCAAGCUCCAUUUGGAAGUACCAUGCUGAUGCUCGUUUGGCAGUGCCCAGCUUUGUGGAUCCACAUGGUCUUGGCCCAGGUCUGGGGGCUGAUGUCCCCCACCUGGCUGGAACACGAGUCUGAGAAGGCACCUUGAUCUGGACACCACAAGACCUGGCCUAUGGUGUGAGUGCAUGGCCAUGCUGAUGGCUCCUGCCCUCUUUCACAUGGAGGCGUCUCUGCAGGCAGCAGGCCAGCAGUUCCUGGCCUGGAGACCUGGUUGCCGCAGUAAGCACCCCAUCAUCUUUCUGGCUGCCCAUUUCCCAUCUUUCAGAAGCCCAGGGAGACAGCAGCAGAGACCAAGUCAGUGGGGCUGGGAAGCAAGACCAUAGGGCAAAUGGGAUGUGACUGUAGCCAUGUCUGCUUGCUACCAGAAAGGCAGGAUUGCAGAGCACCCAGUGAGAGGUAGAGUGACCCAGGCUGGAAGAAGGAGAUCUCAGCCGAGAAAACAACACAGGCGGGAGAAAAGGAAAGACACACCUGAGCACGAAGUGGCAGCCAUGCGGCACCAGGACCUGGGCGCUCUUCCACACCUGGAGUGAGGAAGGUUUUCCUGAGGCCCUGGAGUACACCACAAGGGCCAAGGACAGGAAGGGUCAGUAAGGGAAGUAGGUAUAGGGAUGUGGCAGGUGGCUGGGUCAAGGCUACCCACAGGUACGCAGGAAGGCUACGGAUCACUUCGUUUUAAAGCAGGCUGCCGUCUACGGUCGCUGCGGCAGGAUAUCGGUGGUUGCAUAGCCCUUAGCAGAGAAGCCUCUCAGCAAGUCUCCUUAGACGGGACACAAAGCCCCGGCUUUUCCUACUCAGCCUGCCCAGCAAAUAGAGCAGCACUUGCAGCGGCCUGGGUGGUGGCAGCUCGGGCACGCGUGUGUGCCCGCUGGUGCUGCGACAGCGAGCGGCUGUGGCUGAAGCAUUUACCACACUCUGCGCACUGCACUGGCCGUUCGCCCAGGUGCGUCUUGCGGUGCAGCGCCAGCUUGGAGCCCACGCUGAAGGCCUUGCCACACUCGGGGCACUUGUGGGGCUUGUGGCCGGCGUGAUUGCGCCGGUGUACAUUGAGGUUGGACACGCACGUGAAGCGCUUGCCACACAACUCGCAGCGGUAGGGCUUCUCGCCCGUGUGCGUGCGCCGGUGCUUGGUGAGGUCCGAGCGAUCGCUGAAGCGACGGCCACACUCCGGACACGGGAAGGGCUUCUCGCCCGUGUGGAUGCGCUGGUGCACCACCAGGUCGGACCGCUGCCCAAAACGCUUGCCGCAGGUGGCACAUGCGUGCGGCCGCUCGCCCUGGUGGCUGCGGCGGUGGCGCAGCAGUGUGGAGCUCUCGCUGAAGCUGCGUCCGCAGUCGCCACAGGCGUAGGGUUUCUCACCGGUGUGCGUGCGCUGAUGGCGCACCAGCGUGGCACUCUCCAAGAAGCCUUUACCGCACUCGGGGCACUUGAAGGGCUUCUCGCCCGAAUGCGUCUGCAGGUGUCGCCUGAGUGCGGAGCUCUUGCUGAAGCUCUUGCCACACUCCCCGCACUGGUGCACAGCAGGGGCGCGUGGCUGCGGGGCUAUGCGGUUGCCGAGGCUCGGAGCCACGUGGACGCGCGCAUGGCUCCGCAGCCCCGCGCUGCUGCUGAAGGCCCGCGGGCACCGCGCACAUCGCAGGAGCAGGUCGGCGGGCGGGGCGUGUAUCCUGCAGCCAUGAGCCCGCGCCUGGUGGAAGCGCAGCGCGCUCUGGCGGAAGGCGCGGGUGCACAGCGGGCAGCGACGGGGCAGCUCUGGCGGGUGCCGGCGGCGCCGGUGCAGCUGCAGAGCUGGGAGGUGUGGGAAGCGGCGGCCGCAGGUGCGGCAAGGGCAGGAGCAGCUGCGCCGCCUGUGCGCGCUCUGGUGCAGGUCCAGGCGGCCGCUGUGGCGAAAGCUCUGGCCGCACUCGCUGCAAAUGUAGAGCGUCUGGCCUGCGUGAGCGCGCCGAUGCGCGCGGAGGUCGGCGGCCAGCGCACAGCGCUCGCCGCAGUCGAGGCAGCGGAAGCAGCCGCCGUGGGCGCGCUCAUGCCGCAGCAGCACCGAGCUGUAGCGGAAGCUCUUGCCACACUCACUGCAGGCAUAAGGCCUGCCUGCGGCCGCCGCCUCUACCGUGGCCAACAUAGGGAGGGCCAGGCUGACGCCCGAUGGCGGCGCACCUCCUCGAACUGCGAGCUGUUUUCAGAUCUAGGGCCUCGGAAGGGACAGGUAGCAGAAGCGCAGAGGUGCGGAGAGCUGGCGCGGAUGCCAGGGCUGUAGUUCUCAUUGGCAGAGGCUACGGCCGUUUCGUAGGUACGUGUCAGCCAGGUCUGCCCUGCACCAUGAGCCCUGCGAUGAGAAGGUCAGGGUCAGCCCCACGGAGGCAGCUGGGGAUGGUGGGACAAGCAGGCUCCCCAUUUCCUGCAACUUCCUCAGCUAGGCCAUCUCACAGACUCGGUUCUCUGCGAAGAAAAUCCUUGGGCGGCCUAGGGUAUGGGACCGGCCCACCAGCAAGGGGAGGAGCUCCUUGGGGAGUUUGCCUCCAACACGUACUUGGCAGCGAGGCGUGCCCAGCCCUUUUCCUCACAUUUGGCUGGGGGUCUUGGCCCUGAGACGCACUAAGAAACCAAGGAGGGAUGCUCAGUGAGGAGGCCCUCCUGAGAGCUGGGUUUCCAGAGUCACUGACGUGAACCCAGCCAGCCUGCACUGGAGAGACGAGGAGGGCAAUGAAAUGCAGCAUAAAGCAGUCCAGAGCAGCAGCCUGGGAAAGGGAAGGUAUCUGAGAAAACCCAAAGGACUGUUCCUUGGCUUGAAUGGUACCAGGUAAACAACUGCUCUAUACCAGAGCACAGCCUAGAGAAGGUGACCCAGGACCUGGGAAAGCGGUGAGAGGGAACACAGGAAUUCACAAAGAGUAUUGUUAAAAGUUGGGAAGUGCUUUUCACAUUUUCGGGGAAGACGGGAGAAGGAAAGGGCACCCUAAUUCUCAGGGCAUCCACGUUGUUUGCAAACAUUCUGUCGACCCCACUGCCUUAGCUCCAGGGGUCUGAGAACCUGGAAUAGCAGCAAAGCCCCUUUAUGGGAUAAAACCUGCUCUGCUAUCUUCUUUACCUCAAUGGUAUCCCAGAAUCCUGAUGAGUUGGUCUGGGCAGCUGUCUGGGAACAGGGUCUGCCUUUGCGCACACAGCACAAACAGGGCUGCCCUCCCUGCCUCCCUCACAGCCCAUGGAUCUGUCCCCAUCUGUCCAGUGGGACACUGAAGAUGAGGUGUGGUCACAAUCAGCUAUAGGCUGUCGACACAGAUGAGGGGCAGGAUGCAGACAAAAUGGCCAGCAGUCAUUUUCUCAUCAGCAGACAGAAACUCAACCUAAAUACCCGGACCUUGGGCUGAAACACCCCAGACUGGUCCACUGAAAACAGCCUGGGAAGCCACAAACCUGCAGGGGUGGGCUCGGCGGGUCUGCUCCCUUCUGCUGCCCUGGGCAAGAGUGGCCAAUGUGGGAGGUCCUCCCAUACCUCUGGAGCAAGAUGUGCUAUGCCCUGCAGGGAGGAAGCGGAAGGGACAACAUGAAUUUUGACUGAGCAGGGGUCAGAUGCAGGAGAAAGAAGAGGGAAGUAUUUCCUAGAGGAGGGUGUUUUUAAUGGACAUCUUCAAAUAUAAAAAACUAAGAAGAGGAUCACCACUCACUUACCUUCAGCCUCUGUCUGCAUUUUGCUAUUGUGUUUCAUCUAGGACAUUCCCCCUACCCCACACACUUUAUUCCUCUGUCUGGAGUAUUUUAAAUCCCAGACAUCUUAUUCAAAGAGGAUUUAAACAAAAUCCACAAGCAGAGUCAGGAGUCCUGCAGACUCAAGAGCCAACCUUAGGGGAGGAAGUCUCUUGGUUCUUCCAAAGGGAAUUUUUAGCCUAGACACUUGGGCUACUGAUUCUACUGGUCAUCAAUUCAAGGGAAUGUUUGCCCUCAUGGGAAUAAAACCUUCCUUCAGGACUCAAUGGUUGAUCUGAAAUGCCAAAGAGAGCAGUGCUCAUACCCCAGUGAGUAUUCCACCUUACUUGGGGGACUCUGGGGACCGUGGCAUCUCUGAGGCAAAGUAUCUGGGAACCCACCCUCUGCCAGGCUACUGCCCCCCAGGGCACAGGUCCAAGGAUGGUCAACAAGUGCACAAACAUGCACAUGUCAAUGGCAUAUGUGCAAAGAGAACAUUUCCCCCCAUUACAGGUGUGGAGGGCGGGAAACCCUGGUCUAGGGUGCGGGUUUGUGCCUGACUGCAGGGAAUACCCUUCAAGUCUUUCUUCUGGGCCUCACCCCAUGUCGGAGCUUGCUCUGGAAGCAAAGGACUCUAUCCCUGGGAGAAAACCUGGAAGAAAAAAUAAAAUGUCACUGUGCCAAAAACAGAAUGACUUCUAGAAGUCAUUCUAACCUCCACUUUCCUGAUGGAAGUUUUGAAGUUGGUAUACCACCAAAUUUGUUGUACCUUGGAAAAUAAGUACAAGGUAUGCUUGGAAAGAGGGAAGGAGGGUAAUUAUGUAUGAACUGGUGAAAAGUCCUAACGGUUCAAUACUUUAAAAUACUUCAGUACUUUCAAGCAUUUAAUGCUCAUGAGUAUUAACAAAUACUAUACAUACAACUAAUACAAACAGGUACUAAGAAGUAAGAUAACUGAGCAAAUUAACAUUUGCAAUAGAUUAAAAAUCAGCUUUUAAAAAGGGUUUGUAUAUCACUUUGUUUCCUAAUAAAUAUUGCAGGUAUUUCAUACCAUA